AUGAACACUCUUCAGAUCGUCGAUGUUCGAUUCCAUGAUAAGUCCUCCGAUGCUGCCAGUGACAUCCAGUCGCAGGUUAUCAAAGGAUUAAUGGCUGCCACGAAUGAGAAGACCUUGCCCACCCUGAUUCUAUAUGACGAGCGUGGCUUGAGGCUAUACGACCAUAUCACUACUAAAGCACCAGAAUAUUAUCUGUUCGGUGCGGAGGAGCAAAUUCUCCAAGACUACGCGGGCCAAAUUGUGGAUGUCAUGCACCAACAUACUGGAGGUAUUGUUUCGGAAGAGGUCGUACUUGAGCUCGGGGCUGGCGCAUUGCGCAAGACUUCCCACAUUCUACAUGCACUCACCAAUCUCGUCCCUGUCGUCCCGUCUGUUGUACCCAUCACAUACUACGCGCUUGAUCUUGAAGAAUGUGAGCUCAAGCGCACUUUAAUGGAACUUCACGAGUCUGCAGUUGGUUCUAUGCUUGGAUCUUCUUUCCCUGAUUCGUCUGACACUGAGAUAACAUCUCCGUCUACACCAGGAAAUAUCCAGACCCCCUUACAUUUGCUCUUCCUCGGCUCCUCGUUAGGCAACUUCAAACGUGGAGAAGAUGCUGAGUUUCUGCGGGCGUUGCCAUUGGAGUCCGGCAGGGAUACCCUUCUUCUUGGCUUGGACCAUGAUAAUGGUCGCAAGGAGAUUGAGCUGGCAUACAACGAUCCUCAGGGUUACACUCGAGAUUUUAUUUUGAAUGGGUUGAAGACCGCCGGGAGGGCACUCGGAGACGAGUCUAUGUUCGCGGAACAAAACUGGGAAUAUGUGAACACCUACAACGAAUCCAAACGUUGUCACGAAGCGUACUAUAGGUGCACUCGUACGCAUGACAUUAACCCCCCGAUGGCGCCCAGGCCUAUUCAAUUUUUGGAAGGUGAACUUGUCAACAUGGAAAUGUCGCACAAAUAUUCGGAACCUGACACAUACACGCUGUUCACUGAGGGCAAACUGCGGCCCAUCCAGCGAUGGACGGAUAACACGGGACGUUAUUCACUUUGGCUUUUAGAACGUCCACCAUUCGCAUUUCCUUUACUAGACUCGCCAUCGGUGGUGCCUGACCAUACCACUAAGUUUGGUAUACCCUCGAUAGAAGACUGGAGCGACAUGUGGACUGCUUGGGACUUCGUCACGCUGCGGAUGAUACCUCCUGCAAUGCUAUUCCAGAAGCCGAUUGAUUUGAGGCACAUCUGUCUGUUUUAUCUCGGUCACAUUCCAACCUUUCUUGACAUCCACUUAUCUCGUCUUCUUGACGAACCUCAUACUGAACCUCAGGAAUUCAAGAGAGGCAUUGACCCCAAUGUUGACGACCCGACCCAAUGCAACCAUCCUCAUUCAGUGGUUCCCACAAAGGAUGACGAUUGGCCAUCACUCCGUAGUAUUCUGGCCUUCAGGAAUCGUGUCAGAGAGCGCCUUAGGAAGGUUUAUAGCGAUAUUGCUGAGGGCAAGGUCUCCUUGACUAGGAAGGUGGCUCGCGUCCUGUUCAUGACGUUCGAGCACGAAGGUUUGCAUAUCGAGACGCUCUUGUACAUGCUAGUUCAGUGCGCAGGGACAGGAACGAUUCCUCCACCCGACUUUUCUCCUCCCCACUGGGAGUUUCUUGCAGCGCAAUGGAAAAGAGCACCCAAACCUGUUGUAGCAACCGUUGAAAUAGGUCCUUCCACUGUCACGCUUGGCAUUAACGACAUUGAAGCAGAAGACACCGAUCCUGCGAAACGUUGCGAUGUCGCUGGUCAUAUCUUUGGGUGGGACAAUGAAAGCCCAACUAGACAGGUCGAGGUCAAAGCAUUCCGUAUUGAGUGGCGGCCCGUGACGAAUGGAGACUUUUACCAGUAUUACAAGGGUGCUAGACAAGGCAAAGAUCGUAAUGGAGAAACUUGUGUGCGAACACUAUAUGGUCCAGUUCCCAUAAAGAUCGCCUGGGACUGGCCAAUCCUUACUUGCUACGAGAAUCUUUCAGUGUAUGCGAGUACUCUUCUUGACAAAUUCUCCUUUGGGUAUGAAGAGGGCGCCAACGUCGGAUUUAGGAACUGGCAUCCCGUCCCGGCUACUACCGGCAUAAGCAAGCAUGGUGGGAAGGGACAUAAUGGAGGGGCGUGGGAAUGGACUUCCACUAUCUUUGACAAGUACGAUGGCUUUGCAGCAUCGACGUUGUAUCCGGGGUAUUCCGCCGAUUUCUUCGAUGAAUCUCAUAAUGUGGUGAUUGGAGGAUCUUACGCGACAAUUCCUCGUAUUUCUGAAAGGAGGAGUGUACGCAACUGGUACCAACGGAAUUACCCCUACUGUUGGACGAGCGCAAGAAUCGCUUACGAUGUGUGA